UUCUGCUUCCUCUAAGUAAGUAAGAUUCGUAUUUAAUUUGCAGUAGUUUACCGGAUCUUAUUACUAUACUCAUCAUCGGAGUUGUUAAGUUAAGUUGUAAUUAUAUUAAACACAAGAAGAAGAAGAAGAAGAUGUCGUUUAUGGAAGAGAUUGAACGUAUCCGAAUUCCAUUUGAAGAUAUAAAAUCGGCCACCAACAACUUCAGCGAAAUCAACUGUAUCGGGCAAGGUUCGUUUGGGAAGGUUUAUAAGGGACAUCUUUCCCUAAUUAAUAAUAUUUCCCAAGGGAAGAGGCUCAACAAUAGCAUGGUUGCUGUAAAGCGGUUAUAUCGUGCUCUUGGGCAAGGAGACAGAGAGUUCUUGAAAGAGUUUCUGUUAUUUUCGCUUGACAAACAUGAGAAUUUGGUCUCUUUACUAGGCUUUUGUGACGAGGAUGGUGAGGCAAUCCUUGUAUACGAAUAUAUGUCCAAUAAAAGUCUGGAUUUGUAUCUAAGUAGCACCCGUCUCUCAUGGAUUCAACGCCUUGGUAUAUGCAUCGGGGCUGCCCGCGGAAUCAAUUACCUUCAUGGCCCUUCUGGUGAUGGCCAACGGCGGGUCUUACACCGCGACAUCAAGAGUUCCAAUAUAUUGUUGGACCAAGCUUGGAAUGCUAAAAUUGCAGAUUUUGGCCUUUCAAAGCUUGGCCCUGCUAAACAGCAAUACACAUUUCUUGUAUCUCAAUCUGUAGGCACCCUCGGUUAUGUUGAUCCAAUUUAUGUGGAGACCGGGAUAUUGACAAGACAAUCCGACGUCUAUUCUUUCGGUGUGGUCUUAUUUGAAGUUCUUUGUGGAAGACUUUCGGUUCAAAAUACCCAAGAAAUGAGUGACUUCCUUCCCAAAUUGGUAAGAAAGCAGUAUAAAGAAAAUAGGCUAGAUACUAUAAUAAAAACUGGUAUGAAGGAACAAAUCUCGCCAAAGUGUUUAGAAUCAUUCUCAAGAAUCGCAUAUCGAUGUUUGGGGCGGGUGAGAGAAGAUCGCCCAACAAUGAGUGAAAUUGUGAAAGAGCUUGAAAUUGCACUACAAUAUCAAGAGGAAUAUGAGAAGGAAGAAUCUGACUCGGAUGAUGAGGGCGAUUUUUGGGAGACAAAGCUACCCCAAGACUGGAAAUCGAUGAUCACCAAGUUCAAUAUUCCACGUGCCAUUUAUACGAUCAAAAGGGAUCUCUUCUGGCUUCUUCACAAGGGAAUUCUUUUUGAUGAAGGCAACAAGUUUUUAUGGAUAAACAAUGAUGGAACGAAAUGCGUACUUAUAUCAGCAAAAAGAUUUAUAGAACUCAAUGAGGGAAAUGAUCAUCGUUGGGUGUUCCAACAUGGUUAUUCGAUGCAUCUUCUUUCUAGGUUUCCAGUUGUGGCAGAAUAUCUCUAUGGAAAGUGGCAUGAGAUUAGAUGUCAAAUAAAAACUAGCAUUUUAUCACGUGGUGCCAUGUAUGCAGCUAACUUGGUGUUCAAAUUCUCAAAAAAACCCAUCGAGGAUCUCAAACAUCUAAGGUUGAUGACGAUUAGGUGGAAGGUUGAAGAAUCAAGUGUAUAUUCUACGCAUUAUGCAGAAAUGACACACGACAACUGGUAUAAGAUUAGAAUGUGGAAUUUCAUGAAUCAAGGGCCGAAUGCUGAUUUUAACAUAAAUAUAGAGGAGCUUUCAUAUUAUGACAAUCCUGUAGAAUCUGGUCUCUUGAUACAAGGAAUAGAAUUUCAGCCUAUAGAGAUGAUGCAGCAUAAGGAGAUCAAAAAAUCAGAAAGCCUCUUGAUAUCAGAUGAAAAUGAUAAAGAUGACGAUUUAUACUGGGAGAAAAAGUUGCCAAACAACUAUAGCCAAUAUAUUGAGAUAUCAAACAAAGAUUUGCAUUACACCAGCAAAAAGGAGCUUUAUCUCCUCCUUUGCAAGGGUUUCCUUGCUUAUGGUGGCAAAUUGUGGCUUUUACUAUGCAAAUCAACUGGUGGGAUAUGUUCGAUAUUGCCAGCAACACAUAUUUUAUGCAAUGACACAAGCUAUGAAAGUCUAGAAACUCUGUCUCUAUCCAAAUCAAGGUUCGGAAAGGUGAAAGAACUCAGAAGUGAUGAUUGGUAUCUUUUCGCAUGUAGACUUCGGCCAUUCAUGUUCUCACGCAACUAUAUCUAUGCAUGUUAUCUAGUGUUCAAAUUUGGAGACUACCAUGUUCUAUCAAAUAAUGGUCAAUUCUUUAAGGUAGAAUACAAGUUGGGUGACAUAAUCCACGGUACUAUUUCUGCUCAUAUGAAUUCGACUCCACUGGUUAAUAUACCAACAAUCAUGCCUAGGAAUGAUGAUGGAUCACAUGACUCAUCAAAUGUACCAAGUAUUGAUGGAUCUGGGUCAAAAGGUCACACGGAUCUUCAAAAUAGUUGGAUGGAGGAAAGAAAUGAUGGUUGGUUGGAGGUCAGAUUGAGCAAAUCGCUACAUCAGUUAGAGAAUCAUGUGUCAUUGGAGGUAAAAUUAUGGAAACCCGAGGGUGGGAGUUUUGAAGGAAUUAUUGUGGAAGGCAUCGAGAUUAGGCCGAUGCAGGAUAUAUCUGGUACUUGAAAGAUCAAUUCAUUAAUGGUCGCUAUACCAAUUAGUCUGAAAUCUGCAAUACAUUCAGUAAUUGAUCAUGCUCAAUGAAUAUCGUGUUAUAGGAUCCUACUUCUAUUAUUAGUAAUUUGUUGAAUUCCAUAAUCUGUGAAUAAUGUUAUAAAUGCAGAAUAUUAACUCCUUGAGCUUUUUGUGGCAUAGGAAUAAAAGGAAAAGGAACUCGAUUACAUGGAACAAUUGAUGUAUUUUUGAUUUGUUGUAAGUAUAUUCUUGUGUA